GGAUCUUAUUUCCAAACCAACAGUUGUGUACAGCUUCAGCUUCCACUGGUCUUCUUUGCUUUUGCUCUAUAAACUAUAAAUCGGCGGAAAAGGAAACAUUGAGUGAGUGAGAGAGAAUCUGUGGCGCUCGGAAUCUGUGUCUGAUAUUAGCUGUGUGUGCGGGGUGAGGAGCUGGUGGGGAUCUAGGAGAAGAUCUGGGUGAGGAAUUGGGAGAAGAUCUGGAGAUGGACCCAUAUCCUCCUGGAUCUCCACCUUCUUCUCCAACUGAUUCCAUCUCUCUAGCUUCUCUUGUGUCUAGACACAACCCUCGUGCAGUUUCCUCCUUUUCAACACCAGGCCCUUCCACUCGGGUAUCUCUGACCUCUAAUCCAGUCUCACCAACAGGGCGCUCUCAACUAAACGCAACUAGUGUUGUGUCUGAAUGCAUGCCCUCCGGUGGAACUUCGUCUCCUGCAGGAUGCAUUCCAGAGGAGCUGGACAUAGAAGAACUUAAGCAAAGGGCUAAAAAUGGAGAUUCUAAAGCACAGACUGAGGUUGGCAGGUAUUACUUGCGUCUAUCUGCACAUGAGGAUGAAGAAGUGACUAGUGUCACAGCAGUGACAUGGCUUUUGCAAGCAGCAAAAAAUGGACGGAGGGAUGCUGUAAAACUUUUACAGUUUUGCUUGCAUGAAAGAAAAGGCAUCACGGCUGAAAAUAGAGAGGAAGUAUGUAGCUUAGCAUCGGAGUCACGUUUUGAACGUGCCGUGAGGAAAGCGGCUCUGUGUAUCUACUGGAAACUCAAUCCAGAACGAAAAAGAAACGUGGCUACUUCAGAACUACUGGAAAACAUUAGCCACUACAACACUGAAACAGAUGGUGCCCCAAACAGCAGAGAAUCAAGUCCAGCUCAGAAACAGAGAAAGGUCUUAGAACGCCUUGUCUCCAGCAAUGGGACACAAUAUGUUGGUGUGGAGGAUUUUGUUGAAAAUGCCAAGCGUUAUGCACAAGGAGUUUCACCAUCACCGGAUCUUGAUGACGCAGUAGUUGAUGAUGAUGAUGACGAUGAUGAACCUGUGAAGAACCCAGAUGACUUACCUUUGCAUCAGAAGAUACUGAAGUUUCCGCUUCAUGCUGUGACGGAGGUGAAGGAGGUAUUGAUUGACUGGGCUUCCCGUGCUGGAAUGCAGUGGAUUAGCACCCUUAUCCCGACUCACCACAUCAACACUCUUAUUUUCUUCUUUAUCAUUUCCAACCUUACCCUAGACUUCUUCAUUCUCGUCAUUCCCCUGGUUGUCUUCUACCUCUCAUACGUCACUAUGGUCAUCUGCACAUUGAGAGUUUUCCAGAACAGCAAAGCAUGGGAAAACUUCAAGACCCUGACAACCAUGCUGGCUCAUUUCGAGCCCGGGUUGGACCUUGACCAAGCGGAAUCUAACUUUACCUGGACACAUCUGGAGCCUCAACUGUACUUUCUGGUCUCUGCAGUUUUUCUCAUACUUUCAUUCCCUGUAGCAGAUAAGUCUUGGCUGCCUUGUUCCGAACUGGCCACAGUGGCCAUCUUCUUUACUAUAAGCAGCUACCUGAGCCUGCGUCCAGCUGCACAGCAACAUGCUAGGCUAGCCCUUCUUGCACAAUUUGCCUCUGCAGUUUGCUCUUUCACUAAUGAGCUUAUUGGGGGUAGGGUGGGCAAGUUUGUGGGAGGUUCGUGGUUUAGUGUGCCAAUCUGUGAUUGGUUGGUGUUUCAUGUGGGUGUGCCUUGCAUUCUGUACCUUUACGUCCUGUACUUGUGGGUCCGUAUGGGCACAGCGCGAGGUUGGAAAGGGUCUUACAGCAUGCUUCUGCCAUACCUACUCUGUUUCACUUGGUGCGAGCUCUCUGUCACGCUUCUGCACGCCUCCACCCCACUUGGACUUAUGCGCACAGCAGUGGGCUACUUCCUUUUCUUCUUUGCCCUUCCUGUACUUUCGCUAGUGCUUGCAGCUGUGCUGCUGGUCCAGCUUAUACAGUGGUUCCUUGCUCUGGAGCUGGCCAAGAUGGCAGUGACUGUGUGUGUUUGUGUGGUACCUGUUUUGUUACGCUGGUGGACUCGUUUCAGUGUGUCGCCUCUUGCAGUGAUUCGAUCUCUGAGGCGCAGUAGCAUGGUUAAACUGAUCUUGGUUUGGAUCUCUGCCUUGAUGCUCUUCAGCUGGUUUUAUGUGUACCGUUCCGAGGGCAUGAAGGUUUAUAACUCCACUCUUACCUGGCAGCAAUACAGUGAGAUGUGUGGCCCUCGUGCCUGGAAGGAACGCAACAUGGCACACACUCAGAUCCUCUGUAGUCACCUUGAGGGCCACCGCGUCACCUGGGAGGGUCGUUUUAAAUACGUCCGUGUGACCGAUAUUGAAAACGGAGCGCAAUCCGUUGUCAACUUCUUGCCUGGCAUGGUAGCAGACUGGGUCCGAUGCCUUUAUGGAGAAGAAUACCCAGCCUGUGACAGCACCCAACCGGAGCCAGACCUUUGCAAGCUCAAAGAAUUUGCAAAUCACAAGUGUCAUGUGAAACGCUUUGACCGCUACAAAUUUGAAGUGACUAUGGGUAUGCCACUGCAAGACAAGAAGGGCAAAUGGCUGCAAGAAACCGACGAUGCAACCAAAGACAUAGUGCUGCGGGCAAGUAGCGAAUUCCGUGGGGUGCUUUUGGCACUCAGUGCAGGCAGUGUUGUGGAGUUUAGCACUGUUUUGGAGGGCAGGCUGGGCAGCAAGUGGCCAGUGUUUGAGCUGAAAGCCCUUCACUGCAGGACUUGUACAUCACCUUUAGUUCAUACAAGACGGCAAGUCAAGAUAGAACGGGACUGGAGGGUUAAUGCCCGUAAUUCCUUUGCCUUUGCGUUUAACUUCCUUUUCCACCCCCUGCUCACUGCUGAAUUAGAAGAUGCUGUACCUACAGAAGCUGAAGAGUGAUAGUGGAAUAUACACUAUUUAUUUAAUAAUUAAGUAUCGCAUAACACUUAGCGCCUAUAGUUAGCGCCUGUCACUUUUUCUCAUCAUGUGCAACAAUAUUCGUUUUGAGAAUUGGAAAAAAUAUUUAUUGUUGACCAAGAGUAAAGGGUUUUUUUGCACAGAGUGUUGAUUAAAUCACACUAUAUUUGUAGCCUUUUCUGUCAGGGCUGCAUGUAAAAUUAUUAUUCUAUUAUUCAGGAUGGUGGCCAAGUAGAGAUGACCUUUGGGUGGCCUGAUUUGGUGUAAGUAAGGCCCUUGCAAGUGAAACUGAUUAGGUGGUUCUUACAAAGAAACAUAGUCCAACUGCCAAGACUUUAUUUCAGUCGAAUGUUGUAGAUCAGUGGUAUCCAGUCUUUUCCACAAAGAGCCAUUGUGGCUGCAAGUCUUUGUCCUCAGUUAACUAUCGCGUGUGGUUCUUGUUUGGUUUGAUCAAAAAACCUGCAUCCACACCGGAGCUUUUGCAGAUUUAUAGUGGAAGAAGAAUGGAUGUGCUUUAGAUGAUUGUCAGGAGCUCAGAGUUAGGUAAUAGACAUUAUUUAUGGCCACAAUCUAUUGUUCUGGCUUUUUGCUGGACUGAAAACUAUUUUCAGUGGAAAACUUUGUUACAAAACAGUUUAGUCUAAGACUAAAUGAAAUCUAGUACAAUUAUUAUAUUUAUUAUAUUAAUGUACAAGUGUUUAAAUGUGAAUAAAGAGGAAAAUCUUUUUCCUACAAAAACCAAAAUUCCAGAGGUAACUAUCAAGUAGAUCUUAAGGGAUCAUCUCAGCCAUAUAGCACUGGUUAAAAUGUCGCUAUACAAUCUCUUAUUGAUAGUUUUAUUAAUGAGAUUUUCUUCCCACUUCUCAAAAUAUGUUUGUGUAGUGGCAGCUAUAAACUGCCUCUAUCACCUCUAUUUAAAAUAGUGGCAUACAGUAGCACUAGUAUAAUAGUACACAAUAAAUUGGUUCAUAUAUCAGCAUAUAUCACUAUGAUUCGCCAUUUUCAUUCAAUUUAAAUACAAGUGUAAAAAUGUGUAUUAAUUUAAAUUGUUUCUUAUUGGACUGUAUGAUAUAAAUAUCUUAAGUGUUUGGAACGGUGUAAAUAUAAAUUCUGGCAUUGUUUAAGUAAAAAAUGUGUACAACAAGAAUUUGUAUAUUUUUGAUAAAUCCUUAUAAGUGCAGCAACUCUUCUUUUUUUGUCUUCUUAUUAUCCAUUAUUGAUGGUUUUAUUUAGAUUGUUGAUGAUUGUUGAUAUUACAGGACAUUCUAGUAGUUGGUUAUUGGUCAAAUUUAUUUUAUAUCACUGUAGUCAUGGUACUAUACAUGAUGAGCAAUUAAAAAAAAAAAAAAAAACGUUGAAUGCAUUUGAUUUAUCUAACUCAGUUGUACUUGUAGGAGAUUGUCUCACAGGAUUUACUACACAAUGAAGAACCACCACCACUAUUCUACACACUCACAGAAGCACAAUACUCACUUUAUAUGCUCCUGAGAUGUCUUUGGUCCAAUCUAUGUUUAUUCAUUACUGUAGUGUUGCACUGUGAUCAAUAAAAGCAGUUCUUUAUUCA